GUCUUUUUUAAGGAACAAAUAAGGAAUUAAGAUCACUUGCUAAAAUGACUCUCUUCUUCAGAGCUUUCUUUAUUCUUAUAAUUAUCAGCUUUCUCAUUUUGGUAGGAGCUGAAGCAAGAACUUUGCUAGGUUCAGGAAAUCAUGAUGGGAUGGUGAAGUUGAAGGAUCAGGAAAUUGACAAUUAUGGAAGGAAGCCAUAUGUAACACCUUCACCACCAAAAGCAUCUCCAUCAACAAAGCAGGAAAUAGUUGGGAGACAAGAUCAUCAUUUAUUACCACCUCCCUCUCCCAAACAUGAUCCAAAUAUUGGUCAACUCACAAGUAGUACUAGUCCUCAUCAUGACACGGCGCUUAUUAUUACAGUUGGUAGGAACCACGGUCAUGUGCCUGCACCACCAGCACCAAAGCCAGAAGAUGAGCAGGGUCAGAUCAUUAUCACAUUUUCUUCUGACUUGCCUCUUCAGGCUUCCUAUUAACCUACCUACUCGAAACUUUAUUAUAUAAUUAAGUUCACUACUAAGUAUACUAUUUUUUUAUUUUAUGUUAUAAUCUGGUUUUACUACACUUGAUGAGUUAGCUAGCUAUCAAGAAUAAUAUUAUG